UUUGAGCAAUGACCGUCACUCUUGUGACUGAAUUGUAGCCAAAGAUAUUAAAUGGGCGGUCGCCGUCUCCGCUGAUUUCCGUGAAUACCUGAUCGGAUACUGUUUAAGGCUCCAGAAUGAAGAGGAUGAACGUAAGCGCUUCAAGUGUGUUGUGCUAGUGUACGCACUGGAAGUCGCCACCCAUGUGGCCGUCUGGAGUGGGGAGCAGGCAGCCCUGUCCCCGUGAUUCUGCCCUGCGCAGAGCGGCCAUCAGUGGGAACGUCCUUGCGCUCCCUCCGUUCCACGUCCCCACGGGCAGAAGCGUCCGAGUCUUCAUCUGUGCCAACCCCGACGACACAGAAGCAGAGAGAAAUGCUCUUAAAGAACAUGUCUAUCCCAAACUACGGGACUUCUGCAGGGAAAACUAUGGCAUUGAAUUCCAGGUGGUGGAUCUCUACUGGGGCAUUGAUCCAGAGGAGUGGGACAGUCCAGAACUGCACAGGCUACGGAUGAAACUCCUAGAGGAAUGUCUGCAGACUUCAGCCGGUCCAUGCUUUGUUGGGCUGAUUGGGGAGAAAUACGGCAGCAUCCGGGUCCCAGGGGAGGUGGAGUCAGCCGAGUUUGAGAUGAUCUUGGAUGCGGCGGUGGAGGCGGGAUUAGACACAAGGAUCCUGGAGGAGUGGUACUGUCGGGAUGAGAACUCCGUCCCGCCUGCCUACUACCUUAAACCAAAAGCUGAGAUGCUGAAGAACUAUCAGAACUCUAUGGAGUCAAGCAGCGUAGUCAAGUCAAAGAACGACAAAGCAUGGAGGGCGGUCUCUGAGGACAUCAAGAGGAUCUUCAGAACCUCUGUUUUACAGCUGCAGGAGAAGGGAACCAUGAAGAGCUGUCAGGCCAAGAAGUUUUUAUGCUCGGCAUUAGAAGAUGAACUUGACUUUGCAUUAGGCAAGCAAACCCCAGCCUUCCUCAAGAAAUGCGUUUGCUACAUCCGAAAGAUCUCCAACUUCGAUCGCUUCGCCAAACUCCCUGAGAUGGCACGCUACAUGGAUACUGUGGUGAGCGAAGACCGCGUCAUGAGGAACCAGGAAGCCUACGAGCGCCUACUGAAGGUCCGGGAUGAGUUCAUUCCAAUGAUCGUGGCGGCUUCCAAUCUUCGGGUCUACUCGUCGGUCACGCACUGCGACAUGAAACUCGGCUACUCGCAGGAAGUAGAAAGCCACUAUGUUGAAGGGCUAUGUAAACAGUUUUAUGAAGACAUGGUGGACAUCAUACAGGCAACUGUGCAGCAGAACUUUGAUACAGAGACAGAUCUGCUCUAUGACGAGAUUAUACAGCAUCUAUCGCUGUGCAAGACUUUUUCAUCUUUUUAUGUCUAUAAGAGCGAAGCCUUGGAUAUGGUCCAGGAAUAUCUGUAUCCUUCGAAAGGUGGACGGAUAACUCCCCUCGUGCUGUACGGAGGACCCUGUACCGGAAAGACCUUGUUACUGGCUGAGGUGGCAAAACAGGCCUAUUCCUGGCUACAGAAAGAGAUGGGUCCUGAGACGGACCCAGUGGUCAUUGUAAGAUUUAUCGGUUCAACUGACCCCUCCACGGACCUCCGCUCCCUGUUACAGAGCAUCUGUGAGCAGAUCGCUCUUAACUACCGGUGCCUGAUCCAUUUCUUGCCAAACAAGAUUCAAGAGAUGAGGGAACUGUUGGUGAAUUUGCUAGGGGAGUCAUCAUUCCAACGACCUCUUGUUAUCAUUCUAGAUGCCUUGGAGCAGAUGUCGGAUGUUGAUGAGGCUAGAAAGCUUUGGUGGCUGCCGGUCCAUCUCCCACGUACGGUCCGCAUCGUAGUGUCCACACUGCCUAACAAGCACGGGAUUCUUCAGAAACUGCGUUCCCUGAUACAUGUCGAGGACAGUUAUGUUGAACUGAUGCAAAGAGAUCGCAAAGCCUGCAGUCAGACACUUAAACAACAGCUGCUGAGCGUCAGAAGGAAAGUGACUUCAGGUCAGCAGAUAUACGUAAACGAAGCUCUAGCUAAAUGCACGCUGCCCAUGUUUGUCAACCUCAUCUACCGUGAAGUAGUUCACUGGCGGUCACAUAAGGAUGUGGAUGAUAAAUCAUUGUGCUCCACAGUGCAUGAAAGUAUUGAGCAACUUUUCUACUCCAUUGAAAACAAGCUUGGCUCACGCUUUGUCUUUCGGGCGCUGGGCUACGUCACGAUGGCACGGGCGGGGCUGACGGAGUUGGAGCUGGAGGACAUCUUGUCCUUGGACAACAGUGUCCUUGGGGACAUUAUGGUGAGCUCUAAUCUUAAAAAUCCACUACGUAUUUCUUAUGACUUCAUAGCCCGGCUCAAAGAGGAACUUGAAGGUUACUUGGUGGAGCGUCAGAUCCGCAAUGUUACACUUAUGGUCUGGGCAAAUCGCCAUCUGCAUCUCAUAGCGCAAAAGCUAUACCUCAGUAAUGAAGAAGAUGUACAUCAGAUGCACAGUCUGUUGGCCGAGUACUUCCUCGGGGCAUGGGCAGGGGGUAGAAAGAAGAUAUUCCACUGCGACAAUAAUCACUUCGCCUCGCUAAACAUCUCCCAGCAUCGAAACCCGCAUCAGCAGCAAAGCCUCCAUGAUAAAACUUCUGCUGACAAGCACUCCUAUGACAGACAGACACCUGAGCAACCUUGGGUUUUCCAAUGUAACCUACUGGAGCCGGACAUCUUUUUUGUUAACCACAGAAAGAUGACAGAGCUAACGUACCACCUGACGAGAAGUGGCCGGACAGAUGACCUCAUGUUUGGUGUCAUCAUGAACUUCAGUUGGCUUUACACUAUGAUAAAAAUAGGGCAGUUUGACAAAGCCUUAUCGGAUAUUGAUCUAGCAUACAGUUGCACGCAAGAAAAAGAGCUCAAGUUUCUUGCAACUACACUUCGCAGCAUAAAACUAAAAGUGACGAAGAAUCCCGCGUCUCUGUCCGCUGAGCUCCAACAAAGGCUCCUUCCUGUUGUCACAUCCCUUCCCAAACUCAGACACCUUCUUCUUGAGUGUGAUAAGGAUGGUCCUAAAUACUGCUCCAUUGUGCCACUGCACUCCUCCAUGGAUGUCACGUAUAGUCCUGAGAGAUUACCGCUCUGUACCAGCUACAUGCAAAUAGUUGAGAUUUUACCCACGUUAGCUCCAAACAUAGUCAUUGUGGCUCUUGAAGACGGUUCCGUCAGCACAUGGGACGUUGAGAGUAGAGAGUUGAUAAGACAGAUCGACACAGCACGGUCAGUUGUUCUUGGCAUUAGGUUAACCACUGAUGAGAAGUAUUUGGUAGUGGCCACUACAAAAAACACACUGCUCAUUUAUGACAACCACAAGUCCUGCUUGCUGUCUGAAGUGGAUGUGAAAGGGUCCAAGCACUGUGGCAUAACUGGCGGUGUAGCCUUCAUCAAUGGAUUUACAUUGUCCAGCCACCAUGCCUUAGCUUGGCUGGAAGCGAGCAAAGAUGUCAAUGUGAUUGAUUUACUCUAUGGCUGGCCAUUGUAUCAAUUCCAUUGUUGGUAUGAGGUAACCUGUGUUCAGUGUUCCCCGGAUGGUAUGUAUGCUUUCUGUGGACAGUAUCUAAACACCACAACUAUAUUUCACCUUGGCAGUGGCGACAAGCUCGCCACAAUGACUUCUGAAUUCUCUGGUGGUUUUGUUAAGUCCAUCUUGAUUCUAGACACAAUCCAUCAAAUGGUAAUGAUUGACAAUGAAGGCAGUCUGUCUGUGUGGAACACCAAAGAUAUCACAAACCCGAAACUGAUGGAGGAUUACGACUGCAGAGGAGAUGAAAGUGAGGUGGUGAGCAUAGAGCUCUCAGAGGAUCAGCGAUCCAUCCUCAUUUGCAAAGCGAGAAGCAUUGAGGUGCUGGACACCAAGAUUUGGAAGAUGGCAGAGAAGUUUAAGGCCAAACGUAGUGAGAAGUUUGUGGCGGCCGUUCUGUCAAAGAAUAGUCAGAGUAUUGUAGCCUCCAUGGAGAACACGUCAUCCAUAUUUGUGUGGCGGAGAGAUAGUGGACAGUGCAUGGCCAGCUUGAUAGAUAUAUCUGGAGCCAUUGUGAAGUUGAUCAAAUCUACGCACCACAACUUGCUGCUGUCCGUGGCCAGCAGCGGCGUGCUUUCCGUGUGGGACAUUGAUAUUAUAACAGCAAUGUCUAACAUUGAUAAAACAGGCAAACCUAUCCAAAUCUUACAGCUGUCUGGAAGAGAGGACUUUGUGUACACCAUGGAUGGGUCCGAGGUCAUCCACAAGUGGAACUACAGCACAGGUUUCAUUGAGAUGGUGUUCAAGCAUGAAGGACUUGUGGACAACUGCGUUUUGACCACGUCUGGUGACCUCAUGGUGACAUCCGAUGACAAAAACAGCCAGUACAUUUGGCAUACGACCACUGGUGAGAAUAUAUUCCGCAUCAAUGGGCAGAGGAUAUCGCAGCUUCUCAUCACACACAAUGAUCAGUUUGUUGUGUCCCUCUGCGAACAAAAUGCCUCUCGUGUUUGGAGGCUUGCGACCGGUCACAAGGUUUGCAACAUUCUAGUUACACUCCAGCAUGCUCUCAUUACCACAGCAAACACAUUCCUCGUGGGCACCAACAAGAAUAAAUUGUUGGCUGUUAGUUUAUGGUCAGGCAGUGUGUCCAAAAAGUUCAUCUGUGAUGAUGGGAUCACAAUUGUUAACUUCAAAUUAAUCCCAGACAGUCCAGAUUACGUCGUCUUCAUCACCUCCACAGAAACGGUUUUCAUCUGGAGCGUCGCUGAGGAGUCUGUGUGUAGGCGAGUGCAGCUACCCAGCAACUUUCUGAAGAACCUGGAGGAUUUUCAAAUAUCUCCAAAUGGGAAACUUGGGAUUGUGUCAAAAGGUGAUGAGAACAUCAACAUCCUAGAUCUGCACAGCGGUAAACUGCGUCUGGUUCAUGCUGCUGGCAUAAUAUGGCGGCAAAAGCUCUCACGGGAUGGACGCUACUUGGUGUACAUCUGUUUCCGAAAUUGCGAUGAGGAUGAUGAUGCUGGUGUGGUUUCGAGUCUGAUCGUCAUGAGACUGGCAGAUGGUAAGAGCAUCGGCACCUGUUCCCUCUACAAAACACCAACCUACCUGUGCCUAUCACAGCGAGCACUUAACAUCAUUGUGGGAUUCGAAGAUGGCAGCAUCGGCACCUACACGGUAGUGGACCGCGUGGACGCUGCUUUGAAAAUCAAGAUUGCCACGUCAAACAGCCGCCAAAUUGUUAACAAUGCCUCACAGAAAGUACGACCCAAGUGUAGCACCAAUGCCUUCAAGACCAUUGCUGACUGUGUGUGGAGGGAGUCCACGGAGGUCUUCUCUCGAGACAGUCCCAUCAAUGUGUCUGACAGUGGGGAGCCAGAGACCACUACGCCCACAAAGAAAACUGAACUGCUGCAAUGAGAGCGCCCUUUAAGGACUCUGAGGGCUUGUUGGAACAAGGUAACGUUUGGGUGAAGGUGAUUCUUGUUUACAGCAACUUUAAUUCAGCUGCACAGAUCAGUCCUCUGGGUAACAAAACUACAACAACAACCGGCCAAUUGCUAUUAAGCUGCACUUAAGCAGCAACCAAUCACUUUGUUUUUCUUUCUCAUCAUCAAGAUAUUGGCCAGGAUGGUAUUCAAGGAGCAAAUUCAUGAAAGUAUGAACAUUAUUCAUUACAAAACCCAAUCCAGUGGACUUUAUUUUAUAUGUUCUUCCUUAUUAUGUGUACGCCAAUGUGGCCGUAAAUGAGUUUUGUCAAAUCAAGCCAUAAUGUCACUUUAUACAGAUGCAUAGAGAAAUGUAAUACAUUUGUAGCCAUAUAAGAGUUGCUGCCGUUUUUGCUUUUUCUAAAUGUUCAUUUAUGUCUGUUGAGUAAUGUCCUCUGGUACUGUACUAAUAAGGAAAAUGUAUGUACGUAUGUGUACAUAUUGGCUGCUGCAGUUCGUGCAACUACUUAAAAAUGUUACGUUGUGCUAAAUGCAAUCAAGUGAGUGCCUGGAUUUUAACCUUUUCUUUCGUACAGAAACUGAUGAAGAAACCUUUGCAGGGAAUUUCUAAACACAAAUACCUUGAUACAAAUAUUUAUCAUUGCGACAAACAUUCUAUGAUAAGCAUACAAGGAAUAAUAAUUGGGUUAAUUUGGCAUUGAAAGUUCAUCGCUAUAUGUAAAAGAGCAUUGUUGAAAAGUAUGCUUGUAUUCAGAGUAAUGUAUGAGUUCAGAAUUUGAUUGUUUUCUUUGACCAGAGAGGAAGUUGUGGAAUUAUGAAAUGCGGGGUAUUUACUCAAAAUACCACAUUUUGUGUUUUAAAUCCAUUCUCAUAUUUUCCAUAAUUUAUCAAUGUCACUUUUGGAUCAAUAAUUCUGAAAUAUUCAUAUCUCAAAAAAAUGGACAAAAAAAGUUAUGUAGGUUUUACUGAACUAUUAUUUUAUUACCUCAGUGAAAGUCUUUGAACUGACAAACUGAGAAAGUUAGGACUAUUUGUGGCAUUACUUAAAAAAAAAAACAUGUAAUUCACUGUACCAAAAUAAGAUUAGAGUACAGCUGUGCCGACCUACAAAUAUUGAAAAUUGAUUCCAAGACUGAGGAUUUCUGUGUACCAUCUCAUCAGAAGUAUCUACGCCUUAAACAGUUAGGUCAUGUUAUCUUAUAUGAACUACAGUAUUUUUAUUUGUUAGCUCAUGUUCCUUGUGAGGUAAAGGUUGAAUGUGUGCUAGAAAAAAAGUAUUUUCAUGUUAUAGAUGACUUGGAUAUAUUUAUGAAUAGACUACAUGUUAUCAUAAAAAGGUUGAUUUAUGAAUGGCCUGUACAGGAUGUUAUUCACAAGGCAGGGUGGAGUAGUUGCACUUUAUUUUAAACAGGUUGUUUACUAAGGUUGACAUUAAAAAGGUGUACCAUAUUUUUGCCUUCAGUUAACUUAUGAGUGUUUACUGGCAUGUUGCAAAAGAAAGCAGUUUUAUCAAAAUGAUCAGCCAUGCCACAUUCAAACAAUUAUUUCUCCAUAACUCAAGGGCUAUUCCGUCAAAUUGUAUGUUUACCUCUGGAAAUACUGAGACAUGGCCCGUAUACAACUCACAACCUGUAGCAGUAUUCAGGUCUUGUUAAAGCUGAAGCGUUUCAUUUUUUCGAUGUUAAAAUAUUUUCUUCAAAGUCAGUUUAAUUCCCAGAGACUAGUAUUACAAGAUGGCUAUGAGUAAGCUUUUCUUAGAUUAAAUUCCCCGAAAAGUCUAAAAACUCUUGCUUUAUUAUGCUUCAAAACAUUGACUCAAGCAAUGAAGCGCAUUCGGGGCGGGGCUAUCUGUUUGGCUGAUAAAUGGCUCCCCUUUCUGCCGUAAUAGAAGAUUGUGCCCCAAACUCAUGCCUUUGGUUAGUGAAAUAAGUUGUAUAGAAAAUCAGUUAAUCUUUCUGUCGAAAUUACACUCUUCAUAUUUACCUUUGCCCUCAAGUAUGUAUAAGUGAUAGAUAUACAAUAUUUGCCAAAGUAUUUAUUUAUUUUUCCUGUUUUAUUUAAGGUUUAUCUCUUUAUUUAUAAUGUCCAAUGGUGUUGGUGUUGGAGUUUUCUGGCUUCAUUGUGUUUUCUAGAGUUACCAUGAAAAUAGCGUGAAGAUGCAUUAUCUUUCUAUAGAGAAGUCCAUCUCUAUUAUAUUGGAAUGCCAGUUAUAGAUUAUAUUUGAAUGUGUCAAUAUGAGAGCAGUUGAACAGUAUAUUAUAUGUUAUGUAACUUGAAUGACUUUUAACUACAUGUUUGCAAAACCUAGUUCACAUACUGGUAUUGAAUGUGUUUAUUGUAUUAUUUGUAUUGUCAAGAUGAAAUCCCUGUUUAGAGAUUGAUAUAUUUUCAUAAAUGUUGUACUUACAUUUUGUUACAAAGUUGUUUAAGUAUUCUGGAAAAAAUAGCA